GGGGCGGUCAAUGUUGAGAUCAACUGGCUGUAAAAAUAUAACACCUUUUCCAAGCAAAGAAUCACAUGUACCUGAAGAUGAAUCCAACAAUAAAAAACAUUCAGAUAUUUAUAUGAAAAUGGUCUCACCUUCAGCAAUAAAUAAUGCAAGAAAAUAUUCACGUAUUAAUGGAGCAGGUGGUGUACAAUUAUCUACUCCAAAAUAA